AUGUCAGUAGGGAAGAUAACAUUCUUCAUCCACAUAGAUGAAGUGAGGAUUCCCGGUAAUAAACUUCACGGAGGAGGAUGUUGUCAGGGAGUGGUCGGUACCCAGUGUACCAAGUUGUGUAAACCUGUACUCACCGUAUGUCUUAAAAACAGUAAUCAUCCCUGUGUGUCUAGUUUUACCACAACAUUAGACAUGAAACGACAAGGCGUCUUCUAUGGAUCUAAAGUCGGGAAUACAACCAACCCACAGUUUUUAGAAAUUGAUUCAUGGAAAAAUUAUCAGGACAAGAUAUCAGUGAGAGUUGUAGAUUUACAACUCUCCUCCUCACCACUCAUCUACCAGACAGAGUUCUCGGACUACAAUAUAAGACUAGGAGACAAUGCACUUUCACAACACUGGCGACAGAAGAGAUUGACAGCAUCUAUAAAAAAUUUACUCUUAUUCAGUAUCCAGUUAACGUACAAGGCGUACUGUUCUGAGGGUUACUAUGGAUCAGACUGUACAGACCAUUGUCCUGGUAAUCCACAGAAGUGUGUCGUCAACGGUCAUACCUACUGUAAAAUGGGUUGGCAUGGAAAUAACUGCAAUCAGGACAUAAAUGAAUGUGCUACUCGACAGUUUUGUGGACAUGGAAACUGUACAAAUACA